AUGAAAUGCGGGGAGGAAUUGGAGAGGCUGUUUGAGGACAAACCACGCUGCGUGGAGCGGACCUGGCUCAUGACCUUCGCUGCGGCCAAAGUCUCCAGCGGAGGGCCUCGCCUGGGGAUUGUAACUUUUCCCAAACGACUGUCCAGGCCUCGGGCCUGGCUGCACCUUUGGAAGAUUCCAAAAAUGAGCGGCUGUAUUUGGGUGAAUUACAGCGAGACCGAGCUUGCGUUCUUCGGCGGGAUGGCGCCGCCAGAGCUCGGGCAGAAGCCUCAGCCGCUUCUGCCAGAAGCUACCAUUCGGCCCAGCCGGGCCAGAAAAGGCCCCCUUUCCCUGUACCGUGCAGAUCCUUACACCCUGUGUCCUGCGUGCUCACGCCUUAACAGUCAGACACAGGCAUGGAGUGGAGACCGCAGGGCCCUGGAGGCAAACCUGGGACAGAUGCAGCGCUACUCGGCCUCCUCUGUUGUUAUCGUAAAACGCUGCUGGCCCCGGCGUGGGGCCCCAAAUUUAGGCAAGAGUGAAAGAUUGGAACGAGUGCGGGCGGUGGUGGAGACUACAGAUGACGCAUCACAAGGCAGUUUUUAUAUUUCUAUUCCCAAGACCUUUAACGCGCACCCAAAAGAUGCAGUCUUCUCCCUCCCGCCCGGGGUCCUGGCUCCUCCCUGGGCCCUGGGGCCCCGAGCCUGCUGCCCGGCGGAGCGCGGCACGCGGGGGGGAGCCGGGCGCCCCGGGGCAGCGCCGCCUGCCGGACGGCCGGGCCCACCCCGCCUCGUCGCCUGCGGCCCUGACCGCAGCCCCCUGGGCGCGGUGGAGCGGGGAUGA